AGACGUGGAACGCCCUGCUUCUACAAUCCAGAUUGUAAAUUCUGCACUUCCUGCAAAACGAUCUGGUCAGUGUGCACACAGAGGGUUCAACUGCAUGCUGUGGACGGUGCUGGCGGUCUUUUCUAGAUGGCGGAGAUCGUCAAAAAAUUUCGACCAGAGUUAAUAAAACGGUGCAGUGAACCACUUAUAGAAGGUUUGCUAGAUGAUUUGCUUCAUGAAGACAUACUCGGACCGGAAGAGGUGGAACAUAUCAUUCAAUGUAACCUUAACCGUGCAAACAAAUGUCGGGAUCUGAUUGAUAUAGUGAUAAAUAAGGGAAACUACAGCUGCAAGGUACUUCUCCAAAAAAUCACACAAAGGGAUCGGAUUCUUAGUGAUGAUAUCGGGAUAACAGGUACAGCAGCACUUCCAUUACCGACACAGGAAGCCAUCCCACCAGCACCUGAAGAACCCCCUCUGACAAAACAAGAAAAAUACAGCCAGCAAGAAAUUAACGGAAUCACGCCGAGCACACACGAAGAAUUCGUAGAAAUAAUGAAUAAGGAAAAAGACAUAUAUCCUAUACGACAGAAGGGCAACCGAAAACGCUUGGCUUUGAUUAUUUGCAAUAUUAAGUUUCAUGAUAAAACUAUUACGGAGCGAAAAGGGGCAAACUUUGACAUUGACGGAAUGGGGGAACUAUUAAAAGGAUUUGGCUAUGAUGUACAAUUCGAAACUAAUCUCACAGCUGAGGAGAUGAAAACCACAAUGAAGACUUUUGCUGCUCGCAGUGAUCACAAAGACUCUGACAGCACCUUCCUGGUUUUUAUGUCUCAUGGUGAAAGAAACAUCAUUUAUGGGACCGAUUUUAAAAGAGAAUACAUAGAAGGCCAGGAAAGAUUGACCGGUGACCUCCAUGUUGAUGCUAUCCAUGAUACCUUCAAUAACAUAAACUGCCCAGGACUGCGGGAGAAACCAAAAAUAAUCCUUAUCCAGGCUUGUCGAGGACAUAAUAAAAGCCGGCAAUUGGUCAGUGACAGUUCUCAGCCGUCCCCAAGCAUCAAACAAGAAGACAUAGAAGAUGAUGGUAUGCGCAUGAUUCUGAAGGAGACGGACUUCAUCUGCUUCUAUUCAACAACACCAGAUACUCUUUCUUAUAGAGAUACCCUAAAAGGCACCCUUUUUAUUCAACGUUUAAUUGACAUCAUGAAAAAUGAUGCACACAAUUUAUCUAUAGAAGAUAUCUUCCGAAAAGUUCAACUCUCAUUCAAGGAUAGUUGUCAAAUGCCAACACAGGACAGAAAGACCCUUCUGAAGAAAUUUUUUCUGUUCCCGGGAUAUUAACAUUUGCUAGGACCAUUUUAUACAUUCCUUAAUUUUUUUUAUUUCAUAUUUUCAAAGAUACACAUAUUAUACUUACUUUAUAUUUCAACAAUUGUACAGGAAAAAAAGGAACCUGAAGAAGGGGAAAUUGUCAACUUGGAUUCACUGAGCACCAGCAUUUUCAAGGGGUUGGCCCAAGACUUAAACUUAUCACCUAUCCACAGGAUAUGUGCUAAAUUUCUGAUCUGUUUGAAUCCAAUUGCUUGGAUCCUAACCGUUCAUGAGAACAGGGGUGUCCAAGUCCCCUGGAUGGAUGGAGCUUGAUUCAACUCUGGUAGUCCAUAAAGUUGAAUUCAUUGCUGAAAGUUCGAGCACUGGGACACCCCAUGAUCAUGAGAAGUCCCAUGUUUGAAUGGAAUAGUGGUUAAGCAUAUACACCACCAAUCCAUUCAACUUUAUGGCAAACUUUAAUCAAGCUCCAUCCAUACAGGGGUCCUGGACACCCCAGUUUUCAUGAAUGGUUGGGGUCAAUGGUCAGAAACUUAUCAACUAUCCUCUGAAUAGAUAAGCUUCAAUAUUGGGUUAACCCUAGAAACCCUAGUUCUCAGGUAUUUCUGUCCAAUAUUUCCAUAUAUCCCUUGCUCACUCCCGCACCUAUCUCCUAAACGGAGCCUCAAAAGUGGUGGAGGACACACUGUGCAUGCUCAGCCACCCUCUAUUCAUUUCUAUGGGGCUGCCAAAAAUAGCCGAGUGCUGGCUC